UCACGGACAGCCGCGCGCAAAGAAGAAGACGCGAGCACGAGCAUCGAGCAGCGGCAGAAACAGCAACAAGUUCGCGUCUGCUCUCAGAAAAGCAUGUUUCUGCUUCGUGUGUGGCGACUUGUUUCUCAAACGAAACAUAGAAGACUUCGGGGUUACAAAUGACGAAGGUGACCAUUAGUGUUUAAAGUUGUCUUCUUUUGUCGUCGGACCAGCGGAGAGGAAAAUGUCACCUUGUCUGUGCUGCUUGUUGAUGCUCACUUCAAUUAUAAGUCCACUUGGCGCUCAAGACCUAAACCGGGUGAUCUUCUUGCCGGGAACCUUCCAGAACGUCAGCGUGUCGGCGAAUGAGACGAUACUGGCCGUGGCGAACAGGAUCCCCCCCGAGGUCGCUUUCAUCACGGUGCAGUUCCACACGCAGCAGCGGAACGUCACGCUCUCCUACGGCACGACACCCGUACCGGGUCUCUCCUCGACUGCGUUGGACACUGGCAUCCUGUCCGCUCUCCUGCCAGGACAAGCAGCCUUCACCUUGUUCCUGUUCUCGGCUGACGGAGGCCCGGUUGCAGGCAUUGGCGUUAUUCUCCCCUUCUCCGGCACGGACCCAAUGCCUGGAGCUUGUAACACCAACUUCACCCUGAACGCUGACCCCAACAUCCACCUCCACUACAACCUCUACCAGACCACCAUCAGCUUUGCACCGGCCAACCUGGGUCACGAGAGGGGCAGCGCUCCUCCCUCCUGCGACACGCCUACAGGGGUCGGCACGCGCUGGCGGCUGCAGUACGACAUCUACCAGUACUUCCUGCCAGAGACCGACCUAUCGGAGUGCAGCCUGUUCCGCGGUUUGCAGGCCGUGGCGGAUGUCGACGGCGUGACGGAGAACGCCAAACUGAUUUUGACGCUGUCGUCAAGAGAUGUGAGGAUGGCGAUCUUCAACUCCAUCCCCGGCCAGGGCGUCAUCUACUCCGUCGUCGUUCGAGACCCCGUCCUCAACACGUCGGCCUCUUACGUCCCGGUGCACACGUAUGCCUGCACUUUCAACUCCAAGAUGGACAGCUGCCAAACUCUUGGACAGAUAUCCACUAAACUGCUUUUCACGCUGGCCGGCUUGGCAGGUGUGUUUGUCUGCUUCUUUGGACAUCGAUUCUUCAAAUGUGAGUUGUUUUGCAUGGGCUUCAGCUUUACCGCCUUCUUCUUCUUCGUACUCGUCACCAGGACCACAGGACUGGAUUAUGACAUCCGUCUGGCCGUGUCGGCGGUGAUCGGCGUGGUGGGCGGCGUCCUCCUGGUGAUGAGCUGGUGGCGCUUUGGUUCCGUGAUGGCGUGCGUGGUGGUGGUGGGCCUGAUGCUCGGCUUCCUCGUCGCCUCCACUGUCCUCUUCACUCCUCUCGGUUACAGUGACGUGUUGAGGCGCUCCGACGCGGUUUUCUGGGUGACGUUCUGCAGCAUCAUGAUCGUGGUCCCGCUCUUCUUCGUGCGUUGGCCCAGAGAGGGGAACAUCAUCACAUGCGGCGUCAUCGGGGCUUACGCCGUCAUCCUGGCGGUCAACGCCUACGUCUACACCAGCCUUUCCUACAUCACCCUCAACAUCCUCAAGCGCCUCCUCAACGACAACUUCAACGCCGCCUUCACCGACGUCCCAUUCCAAACCAUCGAUUACGUGAUGAUCACGGCGUGGGUGGUGCUGGGCGUCUCGGGCGUGGUCCUGCAGCUCUACCGGGAGCGCAGUCGGCCCUUCUUCCCUCCGAGCCCGUACCUCAUGUGGCUGCAGGAGCGCGAACGCCGCAAGACCAACGUGCUGGACCCCAGCCAUCACUUCCAGUCGCUUCCCAACCGCUUCAUGAGCAGAGCGCGGCAGCUCACGCGGAGGAUGGAGUCGGCCGGCGAGCACACGCCUCUGCUGCUGUAACGCUCCGAAGAAAAGUUGCUUUGGAAUCCCACAUAGCGUCGGACUUCCAAGUUGCCAGGAAGCCGCUGUGGUUUUUCCAACAUGUUCUUCUAAACUUGGGACGUCACCACUAACUCUGGUCCAAGAAGAACGUGACAUCAGAAGGUUGUUGUUUUAAAUAAUGCUUUGAAUGUCGCCGCACUUUUCUCUUUGCACCAAAUGUCACAAAUUCUAAUCAGUCUUGCAUGGUUUUAAAACUCAGGCUUGCCUUUAUUGACACUACUUUAUUAAAACAUUGCACCAGAGAUUUUGAAUAUAACAAUUAUUUUAUUAUUAAAUGUGACAUUUUGUGCUCAGCUCCCAGUCAUUAAGUCAAUUUGAGUGAGCCUCUUGUCUUCUUCCUUGCAUUUAUUUAAACCUGAAUGACACCUAACUUUAUUUGUAUUUUAAUAUUCAUGAAUGUCUAUACACUGUCGUGCCAUCACCUUACUCAGGUUUUCAUUCACUGAAACAAACCUUUUAGUCGACAUUUUGUUUGUAAUCCAAGAAGUAUUAAAAACUUGUUUUGAGAAAUUAUAAAGUGUGGGAUUUUACUCUAAACAGUUUGUUUUUGUGCUUAUUUUAAAGUUGUUCAAACUAAUGCUGAACAUAAUU